UUGACCAUGAAUUCAAACAUAACUUGCUUGUUGCUGCAACAAGUACCAAAAUCUUAGGAUUAAACUUUAAAAGCUAUCAAUACUUAAGAAGUGAAUUUCACAAAUAUGCAAAGUAAUCCUUCAAGCACAGGAACAUCUGUUAUAUGGCCUAAGUAUCAUUUUGCCAAUCAGCUGUGAACGUACUUUUUAAUUGAGGCUGAAAAAGGAUGCCACGGUUGUCACAUCCCCUUGCAUAAUAUAUUCCACCAAAUGGAAGUUAAAAAGUUGAAAUAUGUGUUGUUGCAUGCAUGUAUGUAUAUAUGAGAUAAAUAAUUUAACUACUAGAAAGAAACUCUUUUCUGAAAUUUAACUUUAAUGAAGAGUUACAUGUCCUUUUAAAGGUUUGAUUAACCAAGCAACAUAUUUAGCACCUUCUAAAAAAUGAUUCCUGAAUCCCAAUCACCAUUGCAACUUCCUGUUUUGGACAUCUCCCAACCAUCAAACUCAUCUACUCUAUCUUCUCUUGCUGCUGCCUGCAAAGAAUGGGGCUUCUUUCAUGUUAUCAAUCAUGGUAUCUCCAAUGAUCUUUACAGAAAAAUUAAUUGCCUCUCCAAACACCUCUUCGACCUGCCUUCUGAGACCAAACUAAAAGCAGGUCCGUACUCGUCGCUGAAAACUUAUACUCCUCAUUUCAUUGCAUCUCCAUUCUUUGAAAGCCUUAAAGUAUCUGGACCAGACUUCUCUGACUCUGCUAAGGGUUCUGCAGAUACCCUUGCUGGUGAAGGGAAUACAGAAUUCAGUGAGAUACUGCAAGAAUAUGGAGGCAAAAUGACAGAGUUAGCGAAAGUCAUCCAGAAAACUGUCUUGAUGAGCUUGGGAGAAGAACUUGGUAUGAAGUAUUAUAUCUCAGAAUUUGGUAAUUGCCAUGGAUACUUGAGGAUAAAUAACUACUCGCCCCCGGAUAGUUUAGAGCAGGAAGUUGAAGGUCUUGGUAUGCACACCGAUAUGAGCUGCAUAACAGUUGUCUAUCAAAAUGAAUUAGGUGGCCUCCAAGUAAGAUCAAAGGACGGGCAGUGGGUGGAUAUUUUGCCAUGUGAAGACACUCUUGUUGUAAAUAUUGGUGACAUGCUGCAAGCUUGGAGCAAUGACAAGCUAAGAUCCUCUGAGCACCGUGUCGUUCUGAAGAAGCCGGUGAACCGCUUUUCUUUAGUUUUCUUCUGGUGCUUUGAGGAUGAGAAGGUGAUCUUGGCGCCUGAUGAAGUAGUUGGUGAAGAAAAUUUAAGAAUCUACAAGCCAUUCGUUUGCUCUGACUAUUUAAAGUUUAGAGUGAACAAUGAGAAAGGUAAAUUUGAUAAAGUUGGCUUUACAGUUAAAGAUUUUGUUGGGAUUGGAUCCAAGUUAAAGUAGAAGCAUGGUUGUCAUUCUUUGAGUAGUUAGUUUAUAAGCUUGUACAUCUCCUCAUGUUCCAUCAUUGCAACAUAGGUAUCUAGGAGUUCUGUUUGUGUGUGAGUUUUUUAAUAUAAUAUUAUGUCUUGUUAUUUGAUGAUAUUGGUUGCAAGUUACUUGUAAGUGCAUUCAGUGAAUGAUAAGAAGAUGUAUCCAGAAAGGCUUUGACUUGACAUAGCUAAUAACUGAAUGCAUGUAUAGUUGGAAGUCCAACUUCCAACUCAUGUUUCUAUUAUGUUUGCCCAUUUAGCAUGUUUGGUUUUAUUAAUUAUCUACAUAUGCAAAGGGCAUAUUCUAGAAGCAGAAUAAA